AUGUUCCAAAUCAUUCAACCUCGAUAUCUCACAGCAAAGCAGCAUCUUGCUCUUGUUACUGCAAUUUGUCAAGGUCAAGUGAAGAUAAAAAAGCAGGACAAGUGUAACUUCCCGAAAUGGCUUGAAAAAAUCGCCAACAAAUUCUAUGAGAACACUUGCAAUUGGAUUGACUAUAGCCUUCCAUACAUAAGCAGUGAGGAUGUCAGCAAUUUCCUUCACAUCAGGGAUAUUCGUUUGGCUAACAGGGAACGCUUGAAUUUUAUCAUCGCAAACACUGCAAAUCCAUAUCACGUGUCGACGUACUCUACAAUGAUUCGAAUGCUCAAGACUGUCAUUGAAACAGAAAUCAUUGCAAUUGAGUACGAAUGCAAGAAUCAUCUUGACUUCUUCAUCAAAUGCAGAAUGAUCCGUUUCCCAACACACUUCAGAAUGUGA